AUGCACAACCCUUCAGAUGUCUAUGUUCCAGACGAGUUGCUCCCCUUAAUCCAUCGAUCCACAGUUGACCUUCACCAAAAGCUUGGUGCGAGCUUCAAUAUAAAAACAGCUGUCGAUUUCUACAUAACAUGGCCAGUGGGGCUAUCCAUCUUAUUAAACUCAGGCAUCAUUCCCAGUCAGUCUGCAUUUCAGUUCACCUGCAGCAGCGGGUAUGAAGAUAGCGUGAACCUUCUCAUCGAAACAAAUGCCCUUCCCAUCAAUGCAAAGAUUCUUCAGGAUGUGAGUUUGGGCCCAAACAAACAAGUGCGAGAUGCCAUUACACAGGCUUUUGUCCUCCGCAGAAGACACUUGCAGACCCUUGUGGAAAGUCAUCUUACAGAACAAGAGAUGAUGCAGCUCCGUAUCCGACCCGGCUGUUUACCGGGUUACAAUGCAGGUAAAGCAUAUCAGCUUUUGAAAGCAAGGUCCAUCAAUUGUCUUUAUCCCGAAGACAAGUCAAGCUGGCUACUCUAUGAGAAUAUUGGUGAGAACUGGGAACUGGCAGACAAAUUAUGGGACUCGGGAUUUCGCGAUGUUGAAGAAGUGGACAACAACGGUGGGCAUCCUCUCAGAUUCGCACCGGAUUCCCAUCUUGGACAGUUUGAAAGCAGGAUGCAAAAGGUUGUGUGGUUCAUAAGAAAUGGCUACAGUUAUAGUGUCGAGCCAAGGCUCCCCUCCCCAAUUCUCGAGUUCAUGUGGAUGUUUCUCCCCACAAUACAACACGACCUUCAUGACCAUGACUCGGGAGAGCUUCGAUCAGAUAUUACAAAAUACAGAGAGGUCCUACAGGUUAUGCUUUUCGAUCAGAAAAGAGAUACAUGCCGCUGUUCUUGCUCAUCCAACGGAUGCAACAAUUUUGUACGGGUUCUUUUCUGUCUUUUGAACCUCCAACGCCAUACCGAUGACAUUAUCGAAGAUUCAGGGCUUGCAGAAAAGGGACAAGAGUUCUUGGGAGCACUCAAAGAAAUUGUCCAUCUCUUAGAUCCAGAUGAUCAAAGUUACAUCUAUGAUGAUCUUGCCCCGGUUCUGAUUCGCUGCCUCACAUUCCAUACUCUGGGGCUCACCCACACAUGCGAUUGUCUACGUGGAGAAGAGGAAGAGGAAGAGUUUGAAAUCCCCAAUGAUGAUGAUAUAGAGCAAACUCAAAGAGAAGAGCUUGUUCAGCUACUUCGACUUGAUGAACUCAUUGAUGAAUUUCAGUGCAAAUACAAUGGACUGGAUCAAGAACUUCCGGAAUUCAUCGAAGGAUAUUGGUGUAUUCGCAUGCAAGAAGUAUUAUCUGAAGGAGACCAAACAUCUCAUGGGCCCAGCUGUCUGACACCAGAUGAAAUCCAAAAGAUUCAGUCCCUUGGGGUGAUUAUAAAAGACAUUUGA